CUUUUCUCUCCCCUGCCCUUCUGAAUCAGAUAGAUCGAUCGAUGCACAUCUAGGCAUCUCAUCUUCUCUGCGUCAAUCUGCUUUUCUCUGCAUCUUUUCUUCUCCACAUCUUCACUGCAUCUUGUCUUCUCCGCAUCACCUCUUCUUCUUCGUGCAGAUCUAUCGAUUUCAUUGUAAGCCGUCGCUAUCUCCACUGCAUGCUGCUGAUGUCUACACCGCGCUUCUCUUCUCCCCUGCAGAUCUAGCCAUCGUCCAUGUCGAUUUGUAAUCAAUCUUCAUGGCUAAUCUGCCAACCUAAUGGCAGAUUUACGGCACUGGACUUGUGACGGCGGCGGUGGUGCUCGGAGGUGUAGUGGUGGCGCCAGAUUUACACUGGCGACAACGACGGAGUUGUGAUGGCGGCGAAGGAUGGCAACACCAGUGGAGUGGCAACACCAGUGGAGUGGCAACGAUGCACUGGCCAGCGCCGACAGGCGCCCGCGACUGGAGGCACCGGCAAGGGGCGGCAGUAGGCGGAGCUAUAUGAGGGUGGCGGUGGCGGGUGGCGGCAGUGGCGGGUGGCGGCAGCGGCGGAUGGUGAUGGCGACGGACAAUGACGCCGGUGUGGAAGGCUGCAUCUCUGAUUUGUCUAUGUAUUUGGUGAAUGCUGUUAUUGCGAUUUGGAACUUUAUGAAUUUCCCCUGCUUUGCCUUAUUUGAAAUAAGGUUAUUUUGGUCCACUCAGGCUUAAAUGAGUCCUACUAAACAUUACUUACGAAAGCACUCCUAUAUUAGCAUUUGUUGUGUCUUUUAGUCCUAUAUGAGUAAUUAACUCUUCUGGAAAAUCCGUACGUGUUAUUCAUUACGGAGUGUUGAGUAUCGAGUACGACACACCGACGUCGUUCAAUUUAUUAUUCUGUCCCUUCAAAAAUUUUACUUAGUAUUGAGUAUCAAGUUGAAGGUGUUAUGUUCAUC